AUGCCAACCUAUAACGGACAGAUAAUCAAUAAUCUAGACGCCGUAAUUUUACUCAAAGCUGUACAAGCCGAUAAGCUCAAAGUAUAUAGACGUCGACUGACGUCGUCGGAGAGGAAUUCGAUCAAAACUGGUGAUGUGUUCAUAUGGGAAGAGUGUCAAGGUAUGCAAAGAUGGACGGAUGGCAAACGUUGGGGACCUUCUCGUGUACAAGGUGGCUUCUUAUGGUACAAAGAAAUUGAAGUAGAAGAAAAAGCCUCCAGUUUAGUGAAGCAAACGUAUUCACUCCCUCAAACACUCUCUAACAGUCUUCCUGACCCAAAACUUCAUUUGGUAUGUUAUACAAACUCAUUCAAUAAAGCUAUUAGGCCUUCACAAGACUCUGAACUCUCCAUGUUUAAAGAUAAAAUAGACUACACAACACCUUCAGUUUUGACGUCACCUUCAGUUCCAGAUAAAAGGCCCGAACCGAUCAAUAUUGUCAACCCAAGCAACCGGUCGUUCAGUCCGCCACCUACGCCACCACACAGCUUUUCAAAUGCAGCAUUCACAGACCCUUUCCAUGGAACUGUGAUCACACCACCUGUGUCUGCGACACGGGCUGAUUUUAAUCAGGUCUCACUUUCGGCGAGACAAACCAAUAGAAGGGCCUCGCACCCCAAUACAAAUAACGCUAGUGCCAUACAGGCAGGUGCAUACGCUGCCACAUUAGCAAGUAGGUCAUCCAUUAGGAGAGGAAGUUCACCUUAUCCAAGUCCAAGAAGGAACACGUCAAUAUUUGAAAGUAGACCUAGCUUCUCUCAAAGGAAGAGGUCUAAUUUUGGUGUACCACCAACUAUUAACACAGCUCAAGGUGCAAAUGUCCCACCACCAAUGACAUCAGCACCUGCAACAUACACCAGUCAAACUAUUCCAACUACAGCUGUACAACAAAGACCUUCAUCUAGUCACAGUCAGACUACUGCUGAUUAUGUACAUUCUAACAAAUAUAUGCCUCAACGAACAGCUUAUCAACCAUUACAACAGCAACCAGCAUACGCACAACGCGCGUCUCUUCCACCAAUCACUGCAUCUAGAAAUAAUUCUACUAGUAGCAUUACACAUGCGACAUCAAUAAUGAGUUUAUGUGAUGAGGAUAAGAGACAGCUUGAUAGUUUCAAAUUUACAGGUUGGUUAUAGAUAGAAAC